AAUUACUGGUUCUUGAGUUAUCGCUUCGGACGCAACACCGAUGCUGUUUUUCAUUUGUAUUUCCAAAAUAACCUUUCCAGCAAGUUAACGAGAUUGAGCGGGCAAGAUGAAGCGAAAGACCAGCGAGAUUUGGUGCUUCUUCCGGGCGGUGGACGACACGUAUGCGCUGUGCAACAUCUGCAAGGCGAAGCUCUCCUACAAGACGACCACCACAAACCUGAGCAAGCACAUGAACAGAAUGCAUCCCACGGCGGGACUGGGCCGGGCCAGCAACUACAAAUACCAGAGCAGUACCCUGGACCGAAACAGGGCCAAGCCGCGCAACCAGACGCAGGAGCUCAUAAUGCUGGAGUUCGUGAAGAAGCACCCGCGCUUGCUGCAGAAUCCGACGUGGGAAACGCGCGGCGACAUGGAGUCGCUGUGGGAGGAGCUGACCUCCGACCUCAAUCGACACGGGCCUCCGCGCAAGGAUGUGGGCACCUGGAAAAGAGCCCUGAAGGACUGGAAGCGAUUCAUCCUGAAGAAGGUGGAAAAUAAUGAGCUGCACAACGUUCCCUUCGGCACCAGCCUCAGUUCGUCGGAGGAAACAAUAGCCACCUUGUGUCGCCUAAACGAGGAUGUUAGUCAAAUAAUUAUGAAGGUCUCCGACGACGAUGAAAUGCACGAGCACUCCAACACGGAGUUCGACGUGGACGAUGUGGAGGACGUGGUACCGGAAGAAGAUACUGGUGCCCUCCAGAACACCGCCGAGUUCGUUUACGAGCCGGAGGACACCAAAGCAGACAUAGACCCCCUCUUCCUGCAGUCCAGCAAGCGGGCUGCUUUGGCCGGCAGUCGUGUGGCGGAUGAGCAGGCAACGCUGCUGGACAAGAUUAGCAUGGUCCAUGAUGCCGCCAAUAGCGCCCAUUUCGCUCUCAAUGAGUUCUUCGUCCUGUACAAGCAGAAGCUGUACGAGGACAAGCGUCACCACCUGGCCAUCGAACAACUAAUGGCCGAGAAAAUAGAAUUGAAAAAGAAACUCUUGGAAAUAGAGCAGCGAAAGCUGUCGCUGAAAUGACGCAAUUCACAUACCAUCAAUUAAUAAAUCGUUAGUAUAAGAAACCUUAUCAUUAAAUAAAUUAAGUAUUCCAUUAAAGUGUUGUCUAAUUCUAUCGCUUUUAAACUUGCCUGUCCCCAUUUGAACACUUAAUAUACAAAUUAAAUUAGCAUCCUUAAGUUUUAUUUCUAGUGACAUUUAGCUGAUUUGUAACUGAUCAUCAUAUACUUCCUUUAAUAUUUCUUUGAAUUCCAGGGGAUAAGAUGCAUCGCUCAUGACAGCAUCGUAAACAUAUUCCACAUCCUGAAAGGGGAACAAAAUGGUUAAUAAAAAGUUGGAGCAAUGUAUAGACUAA